AUGAUUGCCCUCAGACAGACAAAACUGAGCCGGAGCGCGCUAUUUGUUGGAAGACAGGCGGCACUGGUGACACAGAAGUGCUACAACUCAAACUCGGCUUUCAAGGUCACCCCAGGUCCGCCAAAACUCGACAAGGACGACCAGGAAGAGUUUGAAAAACUAAUUCACAGAGCCAACACGCAAACCAUCAUCGACGAGUAUAAUGAGAAAAUGGGCUUCAAAGUCGAUUCAGCACCCAAGGUCGACGUCGGAACAUUCUCGCCAGACAAGUUCAAGAUCAUCCCCGAGUUCGAGGGCAACGUGAACCCGAAGACGGGCGAGGUUAACGGUCCAAAACAGGACCCGCUUAAGCACGGCUCCGAUUGGAGUUUCAAUGGCAGGGUGACGGACUUCUAG